CCAAACAGUGGCAUCCUGUCAUAAGGGAGAGAUGCACAUCAAAAACACGGCCUCUCUUUGGCCAAGACUUUCCGUCUGGAGGAAGCAGGGCCUAUUCCUUGGAUGAAAAUGAAAAAUGUGGAGACCGGCUGAAGGUCCUACCACUUUCAGGAAAACCAGUGAUUUCUUACUCCAGAUUCGGGGGCCUCUGGGCCAUACUAAGGGAUCCUGUCUUUGGCCAAGCCAGGAAUUCUGCAGCGCUGCGAUUGCCUCCCAGGACCCACAAAAAGAGUAGGACUGCCUGGCUAUUGGGAGUGGGAGGGUGCUCUCCAGAACCCGCCCUCUCCCACAGACGCCAGGAACGUGUCAAAUCUCAGCCAAUCGGCGCAGGGCUUCUGUAGUCCUGGUAACAGUUGCUUCCAAGCUUGGGCGCCUUGAGUGUUUCUUGCCAAUGUUUGGGAUUACUGUUUUUUUGGUACCCUGACAUGCCGCGAAAGCAAACACAGACACACACGCUCUUCAGCACCGGUUCCUGACGCUGCGACCAUGGACGAUUCCUAUGAAAUGUCUGAGGCUCUGUACCUGUCACUGCUCGAGCUCUGCCAGUCUACGACCUCGAGUGACGAUGAAAAUGCCCGCAAGGGCCCCAUCUUCGAUCCGGAGUCAGUCAUCGCCCACUGCUUCAAGCAGUUCAAGCAGAAGGACUUCCACCUGCCUCAGUGCCGCCGGCGGAUCAUCAUCUUGCCUCAAAAAGAGGAUCCGAUACCCAUCAAUCCCAAGGCUCAACCCCGGAUGCCUCCACAGCCAGUGUCCAGCUUCAAAGCCCUGGGAGAUGGGGACGUCCAAGGGCAGCCAGAGGAUGUGAGGACCUGGCUGAGCCAAAGGCUGAAGCUUCGCCAAGACCUGGAAUCAUUCGGCAACGUAGAGAGGUGGCUUCAGAACAAGCCCAGCCUCACACCGUCAGAGGCCAAGGUCUUACACGUGAUCCAGAAGAAGCAGGAGGACCAGUUGUUAGACCACCUGACUACUAUCAGAGCCACCAAGAAGACCUCCCACCCCACCCGCCGACUGGUGCCCCAGCUCCGAUUGCCCAAGCCCUCUGCCUUAUCAUCCUUGUACUCCUACCUGCACAGCCGCAAGAUCAAGAUCCUGGAGAUGUUUAGGAAGGUGGAUGGGGGCGAGCACCAGAAGAUCUCUAGGGAGGAGUUCAUUGUGGCUCUGAAAGCGGUUGGAGUCCCUCUGAAAAGCCAGGAGGUGGAAGACGUUGUGAUCUAUCUCAGCUCUUUGGGAAGGGACAGCAACAUCACCACAGAUGUCCUAGCUACCACCUACAAGCAGUGGGCUUUGGCUCAUCAGAAAAGCACCCUGUUAACUUCGAGGGAGUAUUAUAGACCUGCCAAGCACAGAGUUUCCCCAUCACAUCUAUCUAAGAAGCAGGUGAAUGUAGCCUCACAACCUUGCAAGAUGGACCUGCUGACCGUGCCUGUGGUCGAUACCCAGAUGGAGGCACGGCCCCUUACUCUGGAGGAGAUGGAGGAUGUUGGCAAGCGGUACCGUGACAGGAGGCGCCAGAAGAAGCUCAAGAUCCCCUCCAUCCAGUACACGGAGCAGUGCCGCCUGGUGCGCAGUGGGAAUAAGCACUUUGAUGAGCACUGCCUCCCGUCCACCAUCCACGGGGAGAUGAAGGAGCUCAUCAACAUGUCCCGCAGGGACAACUUUCUGGUCUACCUGCAGUGCUGCAAGCUCUGUGAGUCCUAUGGCCUCCCACUGACAGAGGACAUCCUCAUGAAAGCCCUGCUGUACCCGGGAGACAAGAUCAUUUUCCAGAAGGACCAGGUGCGCCCAAUACAGCAGCCGGGAGGCUACUACUCAGACAUGAAGAUCUUCAGUCCAAAUCUGGCCCUGCUCAAGUUCCAGGGCUUCGGCGAUGCUGUGGCUAAGAAGACUGACAAGAAAACACCAAAGAAAAUCAAGAAGAUACACUUUAAGGAGUUUGAGGAGUUCACCAGGAAGGUGAAGGUGAAGAGGCCCAGUGGUUCACGGCGAACUCACCCCAAUUUCUUCUGGCCCGGCCACCUCCUGGACAAGCUGCAACUCUAUCUGCCCACUGUGGCCAUGGACCGGAGUCUGGCACUCUUUAGUUGUGUCCAGCCCCGGCCCCAUGCCUACACAGCCACCUAUCACCCCAACCACUGGUGGCCUAUUGGGAACAUGAACUAUAUGACCUGUGCCUAUUACGAUGCCUCCAAGAUCUACUACAUCAACCAGAGUGACCCAGGUGUUGUCCGACCUAGCCAUCCUGGGGCUGUGGCCAGUGCAGCUAGCGGCCCAGAGCCACAGACACAAGGGAAGUGUAAAGAGCCAGAUAGAAGAAAUCAUUUCAGUGGGAUGGCCUGGAGCCAGCUCUCUCAUGAGCAAAAAUGUCCAGGGUCUCAGAGGGCAGAUGUAUCUAGGGAAAGAGAAGCAGUUUCUGAGUAUUUCCCUGUCUUGACCUCUGCCCUUUUGAAAUAAACCAGAUUGGAGUUUUUUUCAUGUC